AUGCCCGGAGCGGGCGUAUUUUGGAAACAAUACCGCGCGGUGCGCCUUGGCCUCCUCCCGCCGCGCCAGCUCGCGCCCGCGGCAGCGGCUGCCCCAGCUCGCGCCACCGCCUCCCGCUGCAGCCCGCUGGAGUUUGCCCCCUCCUUCCCAAUUGAGUGUGGGCGCCAAGCCCCCCGAGUGCUCGUCACCCUGGACCCUGGCGCAGAGCCCUGGCAUCACGACUCGGAGGCUGAGACCCUGUCCUGGAGUCACCCAGGAGAGAUGGAGCCACCUCAGUGUGUAGAGGAGCUGGAAGAUGAUGUGUUCCAGCCAGAGGACGGGGAGCCAGGGACACAGCCUGGGAGCUUGCUCUCUGCUGACCUGUUCGCCCAGAGCCCACUGGAUUGCACCCUCAGUCGGCUUCAGCUCUUCCCUCUCACCCACUGCUGUGGUCCUGGGCUCCGGCCCAUCAGCCAAGAAGACAAGGCCACUCAGACCCUCAGCCCAGCUUCCCCAAGCCAGGGUGUUAUGCUGCCUUGUGGGGUGACAGAGGAACCCCAGAGACUCUUUUACGGCAACGCUGGCUACCGGCUCCCUCUCCCUGCCAGCUUCCCGGCAGGCUCACCCCUGGGGGAGCAGCCUCCAGACGGACAGUGGCAACAUCGAGCAGAGGUUCAGAUCGCCAGAAAGCUCCAGUGCAUUGCAGACCAAUUCCACCGGCUUCAUAUGCAGCAACACCAGCAGAACCAAGACCGUGCAUGGUGGCAGGUCUUCCUCUUCCUGCAAAACCUGGCCUUGAACAGAGAAGAGAACAGGGAAGGGGUAGGUCCCUGGUGAGGCCGGGCUGCCCUCCUCGGAUGGAGCGCCAGGAAUGCAGUCUGGGACCGGACAGACGUCUGGGAGGACAGAUCCUGUCUUGUCAAGUUUUGUUACUUUUAGUUUUCCUUCUGUGUGUACAUAUGCCAUACCCCAGCGGGAUCUUUGUUCCCUCUUCAGAGCCUCCACUGGGAAUGGGGGCCUUUGUCAAACACUGUCGAUGGAGAGGCAGCUGUGCCUGCUGGUGGAGUUCCGAAGGCUCCGAAGAUGACCAGUUGGUGAAGUUCUCCAGGAAGUGGACCUGGGCUUUUCUGCUGGAACUGGUUAAGUCAGGUUAGACUCCCAGGACCACCAAGUGUGUUAGUCUUCCCUCUAGCCUGAUGGAAACAUGGCUUUAACCCACCAGGACCUUGGCUGGGAGCUUCCUGGCUAAGAAUAGCAGUGCCUUGGCUAGCCAGCUCUACGUCUGGGUUCGUACUUGGCACAGCCAGUGCCCACCACAUGGGCUCAGGGAUUCUUACCAGACCCUGUCACCUCCAGAAGACCUCAGGGAGGGUUGGACUUCUCCAAGAACCCCUCAAAGGUGCCACAAAAUGAAUCAAGCUUGAUAGGCCUCAAGUCUGACUUGGUCCCACAUGGAAGCCCCUUGAUUGAUCCCAAGGUGCAAACUACUGCCUGGGGUGUCAACGGUGUGUGAGCCAAGUAGCCAGCCAUCAUCGCUUUGUACCCAGCAAGCAGCCUGUGCCUUUGUCAGCUCUGUUUUCAAAAGACCCUGCCAACGACUGGACUGGAUUGGACUUUGUCCAUCUCGACAGCAGCGCUUGGAGAUGGGGUGGGUUUGCUGGGGGCGUGGGAAUGAAGCAGCCACCCCACUGAUAAGUCUGUCCCAAGGGAAUCCUAGACCUCUUGGUUUCCUUGGAAAUGUGUACCUCCUCCCCCUUAUUCCCGUUCCUUUUCUGUACCUAGUGGGAUACAGGAAGAAGCCAGGACAGUGGCUUUGUCAGCUGAAAAGUGACUUUUGAAGUAACAGUGUUUAGAACAUGGAACCGGCAGAGCUGGGUACACGUUUCCCAUCUUCCUUUAGCUUUCAGCGAGGCCAGAAGGGAGAGUGCUAGAACCCAGCAGGACCUCAGCUGCCUCUGAACUUCUUCCUUCUCUCCCUGCCGAAACACUCAGGGAGGGAACGUGAAGCAGCCGAUCUUAGUCACCCUGUGUCUCCUCACACGACACCUAGAACUUAAACCAUGAUGUUUAUAUAUGUAAGGAAAGACAUUGGUGCUAAAAUGAAGAUGAGGCAAGACCCAAAGAAAAGAUGGCUUCCCCAUGCAAAGAAGACCCCAGGCUUAUUCAAGGAAUUUGGAGGAGGAACUCAGAGUAGACUCAAAUUGAACAAGCCGAUUGACUCCCGUUUCUGUAGAGAAGGGGGUCUUAGGUACCGUAGAGGGGCAGCUGGUCUCCUGGUGUACGGUUGGGAAGGCUUCCCACUGCACAAGGCUACCUAUAGAUGGGGCUCAAGGAGACUGAAGUCCAGCCUGAGCUCUGCUCUUCAGGCUGCAUGUCCUGAGGUGGGGAUCUGUUCAGCAUUAGUGAUGUCUUUCCUAAUUUGCACAGAGGUACUGUAUGUGCUCUCAGUGGUCCCGAGGAGGACUCCAAAGCAUGUGUAUAAGCCUUUGUGUUUUCCUGCUCAGAUGACUGGGAGAUAAUUUACCUCUUCUUGGCCACAAUCAUUUUCUCAGGGUGUAUACUACGGUCCGUCUGCUAAGAAAGUGGAUUACUGUUUGCAAGGAGAGGAGACCCAACUAAUGAAUACAAAGACUGGUUCUGGGGCACACGAGCCACCGUGAAGCCUAGGCUUCCUACAUCUCCCCCAUGCAGUUUAGGUGCGUGUGGGACACAUGUGGUCUUUCCCCUUUCCCUGAAUUAAGGCUAUGACAGGCAGGCUUCUGGUAUGUGCUUGGUACAUGUGCGUUCCCCCAUACAUACAUCUUUAACGUGUCUUAGCAGACUUUCCGUCUGUGCUAAGGCACAGCCGUCAGCUUCAGAGACCUGGGCUGGUACAGGCUGGGUGCCCUGUGGCCUGUCCUGACAACUGAGCCCAGAGUUUGACCUGAACAUUGAGCCUGGGGCCAGGUAGAAGCUGGUCAGAAUGCACUGUUUCCACUUUGGUCCAAGCCAGGACCAAACUCACUAUUUUGGACAAGCCAGGGUGAAAUUUAAACCCAUUUUUAUCUGCCUCCGACCUGAGUCCAGGCUUGAGUUGAAGCUCAAUGGAAGAGUGCUUGCCUAGCAGUCAAGAGACCCUUAGAUGGAUCCCCAGGACUGUAAAAUAGAAAUAAAUAAAAAUGCCUGCCUCCCCGCAAGCUCUAGGAGGUAGCUGGCAACCCAGCUCAAGGUUCCCCCUGGCUGGUUGCUUUAAUUGGCCAGUGAUCUCCGCCUGGUGAAUUGGGUUUCGAGUCUCCCAGUCCAGCCCCUCCCCAUCUCCAGGAGCCUGGCUGUCUCUAGUGAGGAGUAGAGCUUCAGAUUUAGAGGGAGGGCAGUCUGACCUGUGUGCUGACCUGUAACUGGCUGAAGGCAGCGGGCUUUUGUGGUAUGCUGAAGACGGUGGUGGGAAAGGGGCUGGAGAAAACUCAGUGUAGAAGUGCCCUGGAGGGACAGAAGCCCCCCGUUCGUUAGGGGGCCAAACUGCUCUCCUGAUUCACAAUUCCCCAGGAGGCGUUUCUAGAAGCCAGAGAACAGAUCUGGAGGGGAGCAUCCCCCCCGCCCAGCCACUGACUCCCCCAGGGAGGCUGGGGUGGCGUGCACUCUGCCUGGCCCCGUCUCUCUGUUUCAAAGUCUGGCUGAGCUGUUCGGUUGUCCCCAGUGGCCUUGUCUUGCUCAAUCAGAGGUGGAAAAAGAUCACCUCCCGGUGACCUCCCUCAGGCCCCAGGGGAUGGGCUGUGUCCAGAGCUAUGCAGCAGAGCUUGUUUCCAGGGCCUAGGGAGGCCCAGCUGGCCUGCCUUGCUGCCCCUGCCACAAAACCCAAGCCCAACCCUGAGCAUGGCGGAGAGUGGGUGUUGGGGACAGUCUAGCCAGGGCCCCUGUCUGCCCCAAGCUUUUCAGGAACUGAACAGUGAAGUCACUGUGACUGUCCUAGUCAGUGAGGAAGACAGUAUUCUGACCUUCCUUCCUGGGGACCGGAUAGGGAGUUGGGCACAGGUGCACAGAGCAGCAAAAUACAUAAUACUUCAUUGGCUCUGGGGGAGUCAGUACUGUGGCCACCAACCCUGGUGGGAAAAACUGUGGCUCUAUGAAGAUGAGGAACUCUGGAGGCAGGCUACCCUGGCCUGAUGCCCUGGUAGGACAGGGUGGACCCACGGAUGUUCAAAGUUUCCUGGGAUUCCCAUGGGCUGCAGGCCUAGGGGACAGAGCCUCGAGGGAGCAGCAGAAAAGAGCUGGGCUCUUCCAUAUAUGCCUAGCUUUGGCCAAGGUGCUAUGAGGUAUGUGGCUGGAGGCUUGCACUGCCCCUCUCUCUACAGGCAUCGGAUGGUCCACCCCAUCUCUGGGUCCACAGGAGCUGACGGGGCGGGGGGAGCCAGUGAGAUGUAGCAUUUCCUUCAUCCCCACUUUGGUUGGCCUGGGGUCUGGCCAUUCUGCCUUAAGGAGAGGACGGGGACCAUUAUUUUUAUCUUGUAUAUAAUAUUUUGCCCUUUUGUUCUUUACAUGUAUACAUGUGUAAAUAUCCUCUCCCUCAUCAACUGGUACAAUUUUUAAUAAAACCACUUAAAGCAAA